AUGAGUAGCAUUCUUAACUUAGUAGAGCCCGAGCCUACGUCUAAUGGGGACCCAGAGCAUCAGGAAUUGACACAGGGUGGACCUGAGUCAGAAUCGGAAUCGGAAACUGAAUCAACAGAAACAGUUCCUGAAAUUGCACUCAAGCCGAAAUCAAAAGCGAAAGGCAGUGACAAGACAAAGAAAACAGACUCCAGUGUAUCAAGGGAAGAUUUGAGAUGUAAAUGGGCUGAUUGUACUGAUCCAGAUCAUGAAUCUAUGCCCAGUUUAGUAAGUCAUUUGAACACAGUUCAUUUGGCUUAUUUGACUACUAUGCCCAGUUAUCUCCAACAUCACUUCAAAUAUACAUGUCAAUGGGAAGGAUGUACAAGGUUUGGAGUUGACCAGCCUUCAAGAUUUGCCCUAUUAUCGCAUUGCAGAACUCAUACUGGCGAGAAGCCGUACUUUUGUCCCAUACCUGAAUGUGAGAAGCACUUUACUAGAAGUGAUGCCUUGGCCAAACAUGUUAAGGCGGUACAUGAUCUUCAUCCUACAAAGGAUGCAUUAGUAUUGAUCAAGGACAGGGCUCGGAAGAAUAAGUUGGGUACUUUUUUGGAUAAUGCCGAAGAAAUGACGGAAGCCAGUUAUUUGGAAUUGAACAAUAAGUUACACAGUUUACGCAAACCAUGGUGGAAUUCUUCUACAUUUCUUGAAACAUUGCGAGACCCCUUGGAAAAGGCUGAUUACAAUGUAGGAGAUUUGGUCAAAACCCUUCCCUUGGAUACAAAACAAUAUGAAACUGCGUAUUUCAGAUACAAGGCAUUAUUAGAGGAAGAAGAGACAGCAGUUGCUGAUGCUGUAGAUCAAUUAGAUCCUCCUGACCAAAAUCCGGUACCAAAGUGCCCAAUACCUGAAAAUGUCGAGGAUCGGAUGCGUAAAAGAGCAGCCGAAUCUCGUUCCAUACUUGAAGGAGACGAUUUAGAAACUGAUAUCGAUGCAAUUGAAGAUGUUGAAGAGUUAAAGGUACUUCACGAACGGUUAUCUAAGAGAUUGGCCGUUUCAGUCAAGAUCAACAAAAUGGUCCAGGAUGGGCUAGCACAACGAGCCCGUAAACAGAGACGACUUUGGGUCGCGAACCAGGUAUUACUUGAAAGCAAUAUUGCGUUAGGGCUCCCACAAACAAAGGCGGAGAACGGAAAGCUUGGCCUAGACCAGUACGAUGAAGCUAUUUUCAAAGGAGUUUGA